AUGCGAGCAUUAACUGAACAGCUUUAUGUAGACGAAGUAGAAGCCGCUGAUGACGGUUUAGCGGAUUUAUUAGAUGAGAAUGCCUUCGCCAAUAUACCACUUCCAGGAACAUCAAUGAGACAACCAACAGCAAAUCCAAAUGCAACUGCAGGACCAACCGGACCCAGUCCGGCUAUGCGUCCGAUGACUCAAUCAGGGAGACCGAUUACUGGUAUGAUACGAUUAAACACGCAAUCAACUCAAGGAAAAAGUGUUGAAAACGCCUUAAAAACAGCGAGAACGUCAACUGCAGCGAGACCAGUGACAACUUCGACUGGACGCUUUAUGCGUCUUGGAACUGCUUCCAUGCUUUCCUCGCCAGAUGGACCAUUUAUUCAAGUAGCUCGACUUAAUUUUCAAAAAUAUGCCAAGAGUCAAGCACUUGCAAGACCAUUAUUUGAACAUUUAUUUUAUCAUGUAAAUGAUAUUGGAAGUGCUUUACAAUUAGCCAGAUUAGCAAACGAAGCAACAGAAAAUAAAGAUUGGUAUUGGCUUGUACAAUUAGGAAAAUGCUAUCAUCGUUUAGGAAUGUUUCGUGAUGCUGAAAAAAAUUAUUUGUCUGCACUUGAUAUUCAACCAAUGGUCGAUAUCUAUUUGUAUAUAAGUAAAGUAUAUACUCGUUUGGAUCAACCUUUACUUGCCAUUUCGAAACUUACCGAUGGUUUAACAAAAUUUCCACAAGAGCCCUUUCUUGUUCAAGCGAUGGCCCGUAUUUAUGAGGGAUUGAAUGAUACAAUAAAUUGCAUGAAUCAAUAUCGACACGUAUUGAAACUUGAUAAUACAAAUGUUGAAGCAAUUGCAUGUAUUGCAGCGAACUAUUUUUACACUGAUCAACCAGAAAUUUCUCUUAAAUUUUAUCGAAGAUUAUUACAAAUAGGUUGUGUUAAUUCAGCUAUAUUCACUAAUAUUGGAUUAUGCUGUUUUUAUUCACAACAAUUUGAUAUGGUUAUUGCUUGUUUUUUGAAAGCACUUUCAUGUGCAAAUGAAGACAUUGAACGGUCAGAUAUCUGGUUUAAUAUUGGAGAAAUUGCAUUGUAUACAACAGAAGUAAAUUUGGCUAUUCAAUGUUUUCGUUUGGCUUUAGUUUAUAAUAAUGAUCAUGCAGAAGCGUACAAUAAUCUUGGAUUAGUAGAACUUCAACGUAACAAUACAGAUAUUGGUCGUGCUUAUCUUCAAACAGCUCAAAGUCUUGCACCACAUAUGUUUGAACCACAAUAUAAUUAUGCUAAAUCUAUGCAUCAACAAGGUGAUUUACAAAGUAGUUUUCGUGCAAUAAAAAGUUCAUUAGAAUUAUAUAAAAAUCAUGCAGAUUCAAAACAAAUAUUUGAUGAAUUAACAAAAAUGUUUGCAGAAUUGUAA